AUGUUUCCUCAAAAAAUUAUAUUUGCAUGCGUCAUUGUGGGUUGCUGUGCUAAAGUUCUCAAACACGAAGACGACAACACGAUCUUCAAAGACUCCGAAGAUUUACCGAUAAAAAAAGAAAACUUCGACAUUUUGCGAAAUGAUUUGGACAACGUUGGCGUCAAUCUGGAAAACUUCGUCGUCGACGUCCUCAAGCAAUUUUUGUUCAACGGCACCAAAGACAGCUCUGAAUCCACCGAACAAGAAAUUAAAGAAGAAACCACCACUGAAACAAAUGAAAGCACAUCUAAAGAAACCACAACUGAAGAAAUCAGCACUCUAGAACCAUCGACGAUAAACCCAAACAAUUUUUUGGUUAAACCUGAUGAUAUCGAAACCACCACGACAAAGAGCAAGAAAAGAAGCAGGAGAGUGCGUAGACAGGUGGAAAAUUGCACUCCAAAGACCGUUGAAGAGCUACGCCUCGAGAAAAAACACAUCGAAGAUUUGAAUAGGGAGGUAAAAAAGUUGAACGAGCUUGUGGUCUUGUUGAGAGAUCAACGAGACAUCCUGCACAUCCUCAACGAAGAUAGCAACAAGCCCAACAAAUUUCUGAAGAACGAAACCAAGGUUACGUUGAUUAAAGGCUUGCGACAGUUGAAUAAAAAGGAGUUGGAGCAAAGCAAUUCACAGCACGUUGAGAAAAACGAAAUUCCUUUGGAUGAGGAUGUCAAAAAAGUUGAAAGACCGACACAUAAAGAGUUGGAACACCUGAAGAAUCAACUAUGCGAGACUGUUAGACAGUUGAAUGAAACCAGGAGGAUGCUGAAGAUGGAACAAAUGAAGGAGAACAGCUUGGAAGUUGAGUUAAUGCACCAGAAAAAUGACAUAGGUAACUUGUUUAAAUUGGUGAAAAACAUGUCCAAAACUCAAGACAAACAGAACGAUACCAUCUUGGGCACUCAGUUCAACUUUCUUGCUCACCCCGCGGUAAAAAAUCAUUUGGACCAAGCAAAAAACGUAACACAAUCCAGAGGAGCAACAGAAGAAACCCACAAAAGCAGAUCCAGAGCCAGCGAAUUAUCAGACCUAGCCAAGAUUCUGGACACCCUAAACGAACCGAAAAGAACGCAACCGACGAACGAUGAAAUCCUCAGGGUUCUAAACGCGCUAACCCCACCACAAGAGUCAAAAAGCCUUAACGUCGAUUUCAGGGAGCUUCAGGAUACCAUCAACCAAAGACGCGAGCAGGAAGAUAGACUGAAUCAGAUUGCAAGAGCUCUAAAAGCCGCGCAAAGUAAAUCGAGUCCUCAAAGUAAAAGCGACGAUAUCGAUGGAAGACUUAAAGAACUGCAAGAUGCUAUAAACAAAUUAAAACCUAGAGAUGACGAUCUUAGACAAGACGACGAGGCGAGGUUUCAAGCAAUGCUGAGCAACCUCAUAGCGAACCAAGGUCAAUCCAAACCAACAGCAGCCAACACAUUCUCCAAAGAGUUUUUAUUACCCAGCCAUACAUGUAGGAUAGUACCCGUGGAAGAUUAUAACUCUCACUAUUCUUCAGAUACCUAUGGAGGACGAAUACCACCAAAUGCCUUCCCCGUGCCCCUAUCAGGCUUCUACGGAGGAUACGGACCUGCAGGUUACAACUAUGGAGGUUACGCGGCACCAAAUGCUUACAUUGGAGGUUAUGGGCCCGGACCGGCACCUGGAUACACUCCCAAUGCUCCCGCUUACGGUCCAGGUUAUGGUGGAGUUCCACCAGGUGCUUCUGCCUAUGAAAAACCAUAUGGUGGUGCUUACUACCCCAAACCCGCAUCCCCGGUGAACGCUUAUGGAGGAAAGCCGGGUGAUUUUUUUCUGCACCCAAAAAACCAAUACGAUAAAGGUCCUGGAGGAUCUUAUACUGCUGCAGACGCGGCUUAUACUACAAACCAGGGUAAAUACUAUCAAAAUACAGCAGCUACAGCAGCCGACUACAAAGGAGACAACGUAGAGGACUUGAAGAGUCAGAUUUACAGCCUCCAGAAUGUUAUAAACGAUUUGAAUCGGCCGGAGUAUACGCAAAAACCAGAGGACAAGCAGACGGUGUAUCAUUUGGAGAAGCAAAUUGCUGAUUUAAAGAAUGUCGUCAAUGAUAAUGAUAAUAGCUAUGCAGCCCCUGUAGCACCAAGUUAUGACCCCAAUGCGUACGCCCCUCCUUCAAGCAAACCCGAACCAAAAUAUCGCAGAAGAAGAUCCACACAAAACGAAAUAAAUAGUAGCGACAAUAUUUUAAAUACCGCAGCUUUGUACCUAAACCAAAUAUUACAAGAACGACCCCAAAAUGUAUCUAACGAUGAGUCGAACAGUCCACGUAAUGUCGAAGACAUUCAAAAUCGUUUAAACGUACUGAAAAAACAGUUAGAAAUUCAUUCGGGAGCGACUGGCUCAAAAGAUCGUUCAAGUUCGCUCUAUCAGAGUUCCUACAAUAAUAUUUUACCCAUGCCAUAUAACACCCAGUAUAACAACAACGAUGACCAUAAGACUAAAACUAGAGCGUUGGAGAAAAAACCAGACUUAUUCACGGACAUCCUCCUCAAAUUAACCGACAGGUUGCUCAUAGCUCUUCCCCAGGUUCUAAAGAAGAUAUUUGGGUUCACUUUCGAAGAACUCAGCACUGAUGAAUAUGGGUAUGGGUCUAACUACGGGUCCAACUUGGCGGUAUUCAAAAAUUUGGGUAUUUUUGGGUACUUACCCAUGAUAGCCCUCAAAUUAAUAGACGCCUUAACGUACUUUAUGAACGCUUUGAAGAAAAAUAAGUUUUUAAAAACGUUUUUGGUGCCAGCGUUAGUCUUAGGGUUAGUUGCUGGGUCUGUUUUAUUUUUAAUUUGGUUUAUCAAUUCGGAUGACGAUUAUAAGCAAAUUAGUGGUAAUAAUUAUAAUUAUGACGAAAAUAGUUAUGGGAAUAAUAAAUAUAACUAUGAUUACAACAGAAACAGUUUUGAUUAUGGGAGAAAUUACAAUUACCCUCAAAUGCAACCUUUUUACAACAAAAACUUUGAUCCCCAAAGAUCAAAUUAUGCUCCUGUGUAUAGUAGAAGUUAUUUUGAAAAUAUAAACUAA